AUGAAAGUAAUGAUAUAAAGAAUUUAGAUGAAAGUAAUGAUACUAAAACUGGAAUUAGUUCGAGAAAAGAGGAUGAAAGUGUCGAUACUAAGACUAAUGAAAAAGUUGAAGAAUCCAAGGAUGAGAGAAAUUCUCUUGUAUUAGAUUCACGUAAUGACCAAAUGUUAAAUCACGACGGUAAUGUAGAUAAUGAAAUACGAACUGAUUCAGAAUUGCGUAAUGAUAAAAUUCUUGAAGCGUACAAUAAAAUCGACUCUCGAGUUACUUCAGUUACUUUAGAUAAUAAUGAUACGAAAUCGCUUUUUGAUAGUAUUCUUGAUGCGUACGAUAGAAAUCCUAGUAUGAUUAACACACACAGAAGAAGUAAUAAUAUUGACUCUCUCAGCAGAUCUGGAUCAUUAUGUAGUUCACGCCCACCUUCGAUUCUUCGUGGUAAUAAUUCUGAAAGAAGAAAGAGCAGAAAUUCCGUUAGGUUUUCUGAUAUUAUUGAAAUUCGUACACCGUCGGAAUUUGGUCAAAAACCGCAUAUAACACUUGAAAGUUUGUCACGUAAUAACUCGGAAAGUUCUCGAAAUGCAGAUACUUCAAAAUUUGGUAGAUCAAAAAAAUCCUUGAAAAGGUUAAGAAAGAAAAAGAAUAGGACACUUACUGAGGACCCGUUUAGGAAUCCAUUUGUUUCACCAUUACAUACACCUCAUCAUAUUCUUGCUAAAUAUCCUCCUCUUUUUAUCUCUUAUGGAGGAAAGGAAGUGUUUAGGGACGAUAUUGAGAUGUUCUGUCAAAAAUGUAUUAAGAGUAAGAGAAAUCAUUCUCUUGAAUCUGAAAAAGGUGAUAGUGAUUCAAAUGAUUUUGAGAUAGAAGCAAAGGAUGGAUUACACCCUGAUGUCAUUAUUGAGAUGGAUGAGGAUAUGGUUCAUGAUUAUCCGAUUCUUCUAGGCACUUUUGGCAAACAUUCACGUAAUGCUUUAACACGUAUAACAACUUUCAUUAAUGAUCUACUUCCAAAAAAUGAAACCGAGCUUUGGCCCGUCUCGCAUUAUAAUCAAAGCAUAAUUCGGAAUAGCUUCGAUAGCCAUCAACUUUCAUCAGUCAUCGAUGAUAAUUCUGAAUAUGAAUCAUCCUCUUUAUUUAUGAUGUCGAAUUCUGUUUUAAUUCCUAAAUCUAUGAAUGCGCAACCUUUUGUCAAUUUACCUAAAUCAAACUCUACAGCCUCUAUUGAUAAACCUUCCCUAUUGAGUUCCUCGAAACUUCAUCCCAGAUUUAUCCAAAGAAAAUCAAUGUCUUCAGCAUCAACUGGUACUUAUGCCAGUGAAGCUUCGACGGGAUCUAGCAAUACUUCUGCUCUAAGUUUAGGUAGUGAUGUUUUCGCGAAUUCGAGAAAAAUACCUACAAAACAGCUUUAUCCUAUUAUUACAAUUGAAGAGGAGGAUUACGACGCGUGA